AUGGCCGCGACCUGGAAAACAACUCGAAACCUGCAUUCCAGUACUUUAGGAAUCUUGGUCACAACCUUAGUCGUCAUUUCUCUGUUUUACUAUCUCUCAGGGGAUAAUAACAGAAGCAGCAGCAACAUAGGAGGAGGAGGAGGAGUCCUAGAUGAACAGAUCAUGAAGGGGCGCCGCGAGCAUGAACAACUUCCAGCAGGAGGCUGCAAUUUGUUUUCCGGAAGAUGGGUUUAUGAUGACAAGUCAUCCCCUUUGUACAAAGAGCAAGAUUGUUCUUUCAUGGUGGGUGAUUUUGCUUGUGGGAAAUUUGGCAGAAAUGAGUUUAAGUAUCAACAUUGGAGGUGGCAGCCUCAUGACUGUGACCUUCCCAGGUUUAAUGGGACAGCAUUGAUGGAGAAGCUGAGGGGAAAGAGAGUGGUAUUCGUUGGGGAUUCACUGAACAAGAAUCAAUGGAUGUCUAUGGUUUGCCUGCUCGACUCUUCCCUUCCAACAUCUUUGAAAUCGGUCACCUGGAAAGGCUCCUUGAUCACUUUUCAAGCACUUGAAUAUAAAGUGAGGAUGGACUUUUACUGGGAACCAUUGCUGGUGGAAUCAAACUGUGACGAUCCGGUGAACCACCACGUGUUGGAUCGGGUAAUCCGAGUUGGUGCAAUCGAGAAGCAUGCUAAGCACUGGACUGAUGCAGAUGUCCUCAUCUUCAAUUCUUUCAUGUGGUGGUUGGAACCUAAUAUGACCCUUCUGUGGGGGUCAUUUGGAAGUUCCAACGGAGUAUACAAGACGGUAAACAUGAGGCUUCGACGCUAUGAAAUGGCAUUACGAACUUGGUCGGAUUGGCUGGACUUGCAAAUUAAUCGUACUAAGACCAAUCUCUUCUUCAUGAGUUUGUCACCUUACCAUAAAAUAGGUGAAGACUGGGGGAAAUCCGGAGGAGGGAAUUGCUACAAUGAAACAGAGCCGAUUUUAGAGAAAGGUUAUAAAGGUAGCGGAACAGAUGCUGGGAUGAUGAGAAUAGCUGAAGCGGCCAUUAACGAUCUCAAAGGAAGAGGCUUACGAGUGGAAUACAUAAACAUAACUCAAUUGUCUGAUUACAGAAAAGAUGGUCACCCAUCCAUCCAUAGAAGGCAAUGGUCAAAUUUGACCCGAACUCAAUUGUUGGAUCCUGUGACAUAUGCAGAUUGUGUUCAUUGGUGUCUUCCCGGUGUUCCAGAUGUUUGGAACCAACUUCUGUACACUUACAUUAUGAGAGCUAAUUGA